CAUGGAGCUGAAGAAGGACAGCAAUGCCGUGGCCAUCGACAUGCUGCUCAUCGUGCACUCCGAGAAGCGGCGCGCGGCCCAAGCCACGAACUUGGACUCUCAGGCGGACCCGGGCGCGCUGCUGCAAAACGGAGGAGGAUUCCAAGGUGUCAGAAACGGAAUCCGGAAAUGGCAAGAACUGGAAAGAAACGGCUUUCAGGGAAACUUGCCAGAGAAGCAGUGUCUUCAGCCGCCACAGGUCAUCACUUCCUAUGACAACCAAGGUACUCAGCUGACUGUAGAAAUCCACCCCCAAGAUGCCAUGCCCCAGCUGCUCAAGAAGUUCUCUUUGGCGAAACGUUUACAAGGUGACAAAAAUGGAAACAUGAGACCCCGGCAGCCUGGAAGGAAAGAUGCCCAUGCCUACCCCUGGGACAGGUCCAGCUUGAAAUCCAUGCCCCUGGACCUGCGGCACUUUGAGAAACUUGAUGCCUCUGCCUCACAGGUGACAGUCAAGAGUGGCCUAGAUGAGCUGGUGAGUGACUUGCUCCAGGAAGCCCACAGCGAUCUGGAAAGGGUCCGAGCCAUCUGGAUAUGGAUCUGCCACCACAUAGAGUACGACAUGGAGGCCGCCCAGGAGAAGGACCGCCAAGCCUUCAAACCCACUGACAUCCUGAGGACCCAGAAGACCAACUGUGAUGGCUACGCUGGCCUCUUCGAACGGAUGUGCAGGAUCGCUGGUGUACAGUGUGUCACCGUGCCUGGCUACUCCAAGGGCUUUGGCUACCAGACUGGACAAAGCUUCUCUGGAGAGUUCGACCACGCCUGGAAUGCUGUGUACCUUGAGGGCCAUUGGCACCUGCUGGACAGCACCUGGGGCAGUGGCCUGGUGGACACUACCACCUCCAAAUUUACCUUUCUCUACAACGAGUUCUACUUCCUCACACACCCCGCCCUGUUCAUUGAGGACCACUUCCCAGACAACAAAAACUGGCAACUGCUGAAGCCACCUCAGUCUCUGAGGCAGUUCGAGAACAACAUGUACCACAAGAGUGAAUUCUACAACAAGGGCAUGCUGAGUGCCCACCCAGAGACGUCCAUGAUCCGAACAGUGAAUGGGAAAGCCACGGUCACCAUUGAGAGCUGUGCCCCAACACUGUUCAUGUUCAUGCUCAAUGGCAAACAGGAGCAUGGGUUACUGAGCCUCAGGAAGAAUGGGAUGAAGUUGGAGGUGUACCCUCCAACCAUGGGCACCCACAAGCUGCAGAUCUUCGCCAAAGGCAACUCUGAAAUCUACAGCUCAGUGCUAGAGUACACACUCAAGUGCAACUACGUAGACCUCUCUGUCCGGCUGCCCGCUGAGCUUCACCAACCCGUGGGCCCCAGCUGGUUCUCAGAGCAGAUGGGCAUCACGAAGCCCUCCCACCCUGACCCCAUCAUCCACACCAGUGAUGGUCGCUGUUCCAUCAGCUUUGGCGUGGAGGAGGGCAUCAGUGUCCUGGCAUCCCUCCAUGGAGAUGACGGCCCCAUCACCGAGGAGACGCAACGGCGAUACAUCUUCCAGUUGAACCGGGAGAAGAGGACAGAGCUGAAAGUCCAGCUGCCCCACGCUGGCAAGUUUGCCCUUAAAAUCUUUGUGAAGAAGAGGCAAGAACAAGGCAAUUUCGUCUUUGUCUUCAACUACCUCCUGUGCUGCGCCAACACCAAGGUGAACUGGCCAAUGUUCCCCGAGAGCUUCGGCAACUGGGGGCAGGACAAUGAGCUGCUGGAGCCUCUUGUGGGUGUACUUCCGGCCAACCGCAACAUACCCUUCAAACUGAAGCUGCACGGCAUUGCCAAAGCCCUGGUGAAAGGGCAGGACACGUGGCCCCUGACCCUGAACCCCGAGGGAUACUGGGAGGGCAGCUGCAACACCGCUGGCUGCCAAGAAGUCUACGUCAUGGUGCUAGAGAAUGCGAACCACAACUUCUACUCCUACAUCCUGAAAUACAAAGUGAACGACCAGUGAAGGGCUCCAUACCCACAGCCUCCCGGGGCUGAGGCCAGCCCUGCCCAGGGAGGGCCCAAGUGAAGUGCAGAGAGCCUGGGACACCACUGAUCUGCAUGAAAUGACUUCUAGGCUUCUGCCUCCGUCUCCCUGCUCUGUCCCAGGCAUUGAGGAAUUUGUGCUGCUGAGGGCUUCCUCCACUCAGUGUGAUUGUGGAUGGAGGGACAGAGGCAAAGGCCCUUUAGAAGAAAAAGGUGCUAUGUAAAUCCAAGGUAUUGUGAAGUGUACGCCCGUGCCUAAGCCUGCUCAUCAUGUGUUAGUGCUGUGUUGUAGAGCUGGGUGCGAAAGCAGAGAUGUUGCCCAUGUUGAAAGAUCUCCGUACCAUGCCUAGAGAAUGGUGUCUGAGGCUGAAUCUAUUGGAGAGGUCAGCCACCCACGUCAUACAGUGUUCCUCCACUGCUUCUGGCCCCCAGGGGAUGCUGGGCCUGCCCAUCUUCUGUUUUCCUAGAGCCUCUUCAUUAGCCCCUUCAUGCUCUUCAAGAGCUUGCAGAAAGGGAGGUGUGGAAAAGAAGCUAGCUGACCGUCAGCCAACUAGAGGCUGUUGUCUCCCAACCCCUGUGAGUCUCUGGGAUGGGACAAGGGCAGAAGACAGCCGUGUGCACACAGGGGUGUCCUGGGUGGGGAGCAGGGCUGGAGUGGUGUCUUUGGAAGUCCAGCAACACACACUUAAGAUCCUUAGUCCAUGUGCCUACCAGAGUUCAGCUCAAGGCCUAGGGCUGGCCUCCCAGCCUGAGCCCAGGCCCAUCAUCAG